CCGGCGGCUCGAGAGCAAACUCAACACAAUCGCGUGAUCUAUCCUCAGUCCUCCAGCAUCCUUCUCGGGGAGCCAUCACACCGAGGGUAAGAGGACAACAGAGGAGCAGCCCGCUUCUACAGUGCUACCAGAAGACAUCAGUCGUGGGCCUACGAAACAGACCAGCAUGGCAUUUCGCGGAACCUUCUACUGAACGAUAUGGAGGCCAAACAACAUUCGAUUAAAAGCUUGAAGAGCUAUCCGGAGGCGGGCGGCCGGAGUCUAGCGGCGGCUGCAGGUGGAGACGGAGGAGGAGGCUAUCGUGUCGUUACAGCGGAGAUGGAGAUGGAGACCAAAAUACAGAAAGCCAUUGACUUCAAAUUAGAGGGCCAUCGAUGUUACAAAGAGAAAAAAUUCCGGGAAGCUAUUGGAAAGUAUCACAGGGCUUUGCUGCAGCUGAAAGGAGUUCAUGUUGUCGAUGGGACCACGGGUUCCGAGGUCAGUCUGCUGAACCAAGCCGCAGCCAAGCUAACAGAGGAACAGCGGAAAGCCGUGGAAAGCACGGAGAUCGAAUGCUAUGAUAGUCUGACAGCCUGUUUGCUGCAGUCAGAGUUGGUGAACUAUGAGCGGGUGAAGGAGUACUGUCUUAAGGUUCUGGGACACCAGCAGGACCAUUUCAAGGCCAUGUAUCGUGCCGGUAUUGCCUUCUAUCACCUGGGCGAUUAUGAAUGUGCCCUACGUUACCUGCGUGAUGCCAAGUGCCGUGAGCCCACAGAUACAAACGUUCUUCGGUACAUCCAGCUGACCGAGAUGAAGAUGAGCAAGAGCGGACAAAGAGAGAGAGAGAGUGGCAAAGACGUGCUGGGCUAACGCCUCUGCCCCCCCUCUCUCUCUCCCGCCCUUUUUCUCCUGACCAAGCGUCGUCGUCCUCCUCCUCCUCUCUGCUUCCUCUGCCCGUCGGCCAUCUGAGGCAUAGCACCACUCGCAGCUGGACACUUUCAGGGCACU